AUGAGGUUAGCUGUGCUUGUGACCAUACUUGUUCACUGCUUCCUAGGGGCAUGCUCUCCAGGGGAUAAUUUAGACGAGUUUAUAGACUGUACGUAUGCGUGCGAAUACAAUAGAAGAUGUUCGAAUUCCCAGAUAAACUACAUUGACCCAGAAACCAACAUGUUCCAUGAUAUUGAGUUUUUCGACACGCCAAAUUUGUAUUCUAAGUUCUUGUUCUGGGAUUGUAUUUCUGAUUGCGAUUACCAGUGCCAGCACAUUAUCACACGCUGGAGAAUUGACGAACAGGAAGAAAUUUACCAAUUCCAUGGAAAGUGGCCAUUUCUGAGGUUAUUGGGUACCCAGGAAUUUUUUUCAACGAUAUUUAGCAUAGGUAACUUCAUCCCGCAUUACAAGGCAUUCGUAAAGUUUUCUAGGAUGCUAAGCGAAGAUGGCAACAAGAGGAGAAAACACAGCAGAAGUAUAUUGAUUUGGAACUAUCUUUACGUUACUGUUGCGGGAAUGUUGGCCUGGACGGCAAGUUCGGUUUUCCAUUGUCGUGAUUUGAUCAUAACGGAGAAACUAGAUUACUUCUUCGCCGGUGCGACUGUCUUGACAGGGUUUCAUGCAAUAUUCGCAAGAAUGACUUCUAUGUUCUUGUAUCCCAAGAUCGCACAAGCCUUCACUGCGUCAGUUGCGAUGAUCUUUGGCCUGCACAUCCUGAGGCUAUAUGUUGACUGGUCGUACACAUAUAAUAUGAGAUUCAACAUCUUUUUUGGUGUUUUACAAUAUAUUUUAUUGAUAAUGUUAUCAUGCCAAAACUACUAUGCUCUACAAAAGCAAAAGCAAAUGGGCGAAUUCAAGAAAACCCCGUAUUCGAGCAUCAAGGGACAGAUCUUCAAACUGUGUAUUACUCCAAUCAUUCUUGUGGUUGUAACCACGAUGGCCAUGUCAUUGGAACUGUUUGACUUCUUUAGUUACGAAUGGCAGAUUGAUGCCCAUGCCAUAUGGCAUCUGUGCACAAUAUGGCCCUCCUGGGUUCUAUACGACUUUUUCCUCGAGGAUUAUGCCUAUUGGGGCAAUAGACAAUUGUAG